UGAAUUUCCUGUUUUGUCUGGAGAAGUGUGCUCGAGGUUGACUGGGGAUAAAGUUUUACUUGAUAAUUUUGUCAAGACAGAAACUGAAAAGCCAUGCUGCUGUUCCUGGGCUGUCUGCUCACCCUUUCCAGUGGCGCUCUGUGUCUGGACCAACUCAACAUGUGCAUGGAUGCAAAACAUCACAAAGUGGAGCCGGGCCCUGAGGGAGCACUGCACCGUCAGUGUGCCCCCUGGCGUGAGAAUGCAUGUUGCACUGCUAACACCAGCGAAGAGGCUCACAAUGACAACUCUUACCUGUAUUAUUUCAACUGGAACCACUGCGGUGCUAUGAGCUCCAAGUGCAAGCAACAUUUGAUCCAGGACACUUGCUUCUAUGAGUGUUCCCCACACUUGGGACCCUGGAUACAAUCGGCAGAUGAAAACUGGCGGAAGGAACGGAUCUUGAAUGUGCCUCUUUGUAAAGAAGAUUGUGAACAGUGGUGGGAAGACUGCAAGGAUGAUUUUACUUGCAAGACAAAUUGGCACAAGGGAUGGGACUGGAGCUCUGGUAUCAACAAGUGUCCCGCAGGCAGUCACUGCAGAAAAUGGACUGAUGUCUAUGCAACACCCAAAUCCAUGUGUGAACAAAUCUGGUCCAACUCUUACCUUUACACCACCCUUACCAAAGACUCUGGUCGCUGCAUGCAGCUUUGGUUCACAGGACCAAACCCCAACAAGAAGGUGGCCGAGUACUACCUCAACACCGCUCAGCGGGGCCAAAGUUUUCCUGUGACAACACUACUCUUCCUGACUGCCACGUCUUUCUUUGUAACCAUCUUCUAGCAUGACCCUGUUGCCAUAUCUUACAUCACAAUGGAUUCAGUAAUUAAAGUGUUUUCAAACACA